CACUAUAUAAUCACCUCCCAUAAUAUCGGGCCACUUCUUUCAAUUCUCCCAACGGAAAUAAGAGUCUAAAACCCCUUCCAAGAACAUGUGUCUCUGCUCCACCAGCCCUCUCAUCUGUUUCCUCUCUCUCCUCUUUUUCAUCCUCGCCAUCUAUAGCGUCAACCUCAUCCCCUCUUCCGAUCCUUUCAUCAGCUCAUCCAAUCCGUCCAUCGGCAUCACCUACUCACGACACCCCACCUCCGAUCUCCCACAUCCCGAUCGCAUCGUCUCCACCCUCCAAUCGCUCGGCGUGACCCGCGUCCGGAUCCUUGAUCCCGAUCCUAAUCUCGUCGGCGUCUUCUCCUACUCAGGCAUCUCUCUCCUCCUCUCCAUCCCAAACACAUACAUCCGUGCGAUCGCAGCCAACCCAACCGCAGCCACCCAAUGGCUCUACAACCAUGUCAUCCCCUUCUACCCCCGAGCCCUCAUCACCACCAUCUCCGUCGGCAAUGAUGUCCUCACCUCCUCCCCUGAGCUCUCCACCUCUCUGCUGCGUGCCAUCGAGAACGUCUAUUUCGCCCUCCACAAGCUCGAGAUCCACAACAUAUCGGUCUCAACUACACAUUCCUUCGACGUUAUCACAAGCCCGUUCCCGCCCUCGGCCGCUGAAUUCAAGAAACCCGCUGUGGAAUGGAUCAUGAAGCCGAUCCUAGAUUUCAUCACCACCACCAACUCGUCGUUCUUGAUCAACGCCUACCCAUACAAGCUGUACAGAUCACACCCAGAGCUCCCAAUCGGAUAUGCUCUGUUUCAAAAGCAUCCCUUCAAUUACCGCAUCGACCCAACGACGGGUGUCCCAUACCAGAACCUGUUCGAUGUGAUGGUGGACGCUGCGAUCAGUGCGAUGGCGGCGGCGGGCCACAAGGGCAUACCUGUAAUUGUGACAGAAACGGGGUGGCCUAGUGACGGAGACGUGACGGAGCCGGAAGCGAAUGAACUGUUUGCGAGCAUGUACAACGUAGGUUUGGUAACGCAUCUGAGGUCGGGCGUCGGGACGCCGCUGCGGAAGGAAGGGGCCAUAGAGACUUACAUAUUUGAGCUGUUCGAUGAGAAAACGAAGCAAGGGCCAGGAUCAGAUCGGAACUGGGGUAUUUUGUAUCCGAACAUGACGAUGAAGUACGAUCUUGGUUUCUCCGGCUCGGAUUGAUACCGUGGGCCUGUUUGGCGCAGAUGGGGGUGACUUUCUAUAUGAUGUUUGCGUUCUUGUUGUUGGAUGAUCUUUUGUUAGUCCUUGUGGAAUCAGGUUGCAAGAAAUUCAAAUUUCUUCUUUUCUUUCUUUGUUUUUGAAAAUGGGUGGUAAAUCUGUAAAUUCAAAUUUCUCAAUGCAAUUGGAUUCUUUUUUCUUCAUUUCUUUCUUGUAGGCAAUGUCUACAAAUUCACUUGUUGCUGAUUGCAAUUCGACAGAGUUGUGUUUGGGCAGGACAUCCUCCAAAAUCUGGAUUAUCUUAUUUUGGCAGGCCCCACGCC